CACGAGGUGGUGUAGAGAUGAAAAUUGCAUCUGUAAUUAUGAUUUACCUCGCCUUAUGGCUCAAGAUUUCACCUGCUACUAAAACCAACAGUUUCAACCAGAAGUGUGCAAUAAAACAUAAAAUGAGCCGCAGGAAUUCUUAUUUCGAGCGACGGCAGUUGUGAAAAGCGCUUGAGGUGCUGAAAGCAGAGGAGGCGUCGAGCUGCGCCCGCUCAGUCUGACGAAGACCGCCGGAGAGCUCCGGACAUGAUGACGGUGCCGCCGGACAGAAGACGAACACAGAAGGUCACAGCGACCGCAGCGAAGCGCACCGGACCGGCUCCGAGGGACGAGGGACCAGGGGACAGCCGAGCCGCUUCACCCAGUGCCGGUGUUUCCCGAGAGACGAGACGAGAGGAAGGCAAGGUUCUCCGGGGGGGAGCGCUGAAGGGUUUGUGGCGUAAAAUAGGACUGUAAACCGUACCGACCGACCGAAGAUGAGAGUGUAAACAAUCGAUGUGCUGAGGACAGAUAUGCGCGCAGACAUCCGUGCAGGACUGCGAAGUGUGUGCGUCUCCGCCUGCGUUCAUUCAGCACCUUGCUGACACACCGCCAUGAUGAUGGAGUGUCUGCAUUUUCUCGUGGAACCAGCCAAGAGCUUCACCGUCCGCAUGAAGGAGUCCCGCAACAAGGCUAAGGAUGAGAGACAGGAACCUCUGGUGGACAGUCAGGUGUUCAUCAUGGAGUUGGCUAAAGACCUCCACCGAGUUUGCCAGAAAGGAGAUGUGCUGGAGCACAUCUGGACCUGCGAGGAUGUUUGGUCCCCCAGCGCAUGCCGAGCCUUCAUCCUAGAGUGGGCCUUGGUGCUGGAAAACAAGGAAACACCCCUGCAGACAGGUGACUGGGCGGAGAGGCAUGGUCAGAGUGGGCAGUUGUCUCAAUCGCUGGAGACGGCGAGCGAGCAAGAUGAGAACGCUGCAAAGCAGGUCAUCCAGGCUUGGACCAGGAAGCUGAAGGCUCAGCCUGAGGACAGUCUAUGGCCAGGGGAGUCUGUUGUGGCAAUGCUGGUCGACAUAGAGACCAGCUGGAAGAAGGGCCGGAUAGUCACCUUGCUGACGGCAAUGGAGCUUGUCAUGUGGUCUUUGCUGACCAAAGGCUUGGACAAGGAAGCCAUUCCCCAAAAGUGGCUUGUCAAGAAGCAAAAGAUUCACAACAUUGAUGCCGUUCGGUAUAUUCCACAGACAGUAUGGAAUUGGAUACAUGAAGCUGCAGUUGACGUGACCCUGGACACAGAGACUGCCAACCCUGAUCUGGUACUGUCCCCUGAUGAGAGGAAGAUGCGCUGUGGCUUUGAGAGGAAGGAUGUGCCCAACCAUCACCAGCGUUUUGAUGGCUGGUGGUGUGCAGUGGGCACAGAGGGCUUCACCUCUGGCCGGCACUACUGGGAGGUGGAAGUGGGCGAGAGAGACUGGAGGUUGGGUGUGGCCAAAGCCUGGGCUCUCCGCAAGGGCUUCAAGUCCCUGAACACGGGCUCAGGCUACCUGUCCCUGCGGCUGGAGAGAGGGUCUGAGAUGAAGGCGCUCACUGUGCCCUUCACCGCUCUGCCAGCUAGCCUCAUUCCUCGAAGGGUGGGUGUCUACCUUGACUACGAGGAAGGCCAGCUGUCCUUCUACAAUGCGGAGACCCAAUCUCAUAUUUACACAUACAAUGAAGCAUUCACUGAGGAGCUGUACCCGCUGUUUGGUACGGUGGAGAUUGUGAACGACCUUGUGAUCAGAUCAGCAGGAGCCCAAGAUCCCGGUUGUUGCCUUGGCCUCUGUGUCUGGGGUUGAAAGAUGACCCCCCAACCAAUAAGUAGCAGUCAGAAUCAGUAUAAUUACGGCAUGUUCUCAGAUUACUGCAGUAAAAGCUGCUACGCUUUGCAAUAACUGUCAGCCAUUUUGUCCACCCUCCUGCUUGGGUACAGAUGUUAGUGUUUAAAGCUCACACUGUGUAGUUUCACAGAUUUAAAAAAUAUAACCUUGUUCUUGUGAACAGCUUUAAUCCUGCAAUAACAAUGCACUUUAUGUGAAAAAUAAAAG